AUGAAGAGAGUCCUCUCCACAGCAGAUGUGCCACAACAGUUUCUGCAAGCUGCCUAUCUUGUGGGUCACGUUCCACUAAAGGCGCUGGAAGCCGACCCCCGCGUUUCCUAUAUGCUCUAUAUCCCCCCAGCGCAUUACGACAGCGACACGAAUUCCAGAAAGCUCCCUCUAUUAGUCUGGAUUCACGGGACUCGGCGCCGACUCGGCGCUCUGGAGGAUGGAGAUCUCGUCGCAUUCGCAAACUCAACACCAUGCGCUAUUCUCGCUCCGAUCUUCCCCGCGGGACUUGACGGGCCAAAUGAUCUGGACUCCUACAAACUACUACGAUCCACGACCUUUCGGUCGGAUCUCGCACUGUUAUCCAUGCUGGAUGAGAUUUCACCACGGUGGCCUGGAAUUGCCACCGACAAAGUGUUCAUGCUCGGGUUUUCAGGUGGUGGCCAAUUCGUCCACCGAUUUCUCUAUUUGCACCCCGAGCGAUUACUAGCUGUUAGUGUUGGUGCACCUGGUCGCGCGACCGUGUUGGAUGAGAGAUAUCAAUGGCCUCUGGGCAUUGCGGAUGUCCAGAAGCUAUUUGCUCGAACAAUCAACAAAGAGCUUAUCCGCGAUGUUGCCGUUCAGCUGGCUGUUGGCGACGAGGAUAAUGAAGUGCAUGGUGGUAAUGAUUUCUGGACAUGGCUUCAGAAGGUUCAAGGGAAGGAGUCCGAUACGACGAGACAGAUUACAAACCAAGGAAGACUACAAGUAGUACGACAUCUGCACGCUGCUUGGGCAUCGGAUGAUAUUAAUUGUCAAUUGGAUGUUGUGCCAGGAGCUGCUCAUGAAGCCGGGAAAAUACGACCAUCUCAGCUGCAAUUUUUGGGAUACUUGAUGCAGGUUGCUAUUGAAUGA